AGGGAAGUUCACGGAUUGGUUUAAAAUCUUACAAGGCUCUAGACCAAUGGGCGACUGGCAUGCUCGUUUAAAAUACAGAAUAGCCGCGCUCUCAUACUGAUCUUUUUCUGUUCUCUCAACGUAAGCGUUCUUUCGAUCCACAAUGAGUGGUAGAGGCAAAACCGGCGGUAAGGCCAGGGCGAAGGCUAAGACUCGCUCUUCCAGGGCUGGUCUUCAGUUCCCCGUCGGUCGUGUGCAUAGACUUCUCCGUAAAGGCAACUACGCCGAGCGUGUUGGUGCCGGUGCUCCGGUGUAUCUGGCCGCUGUGCUCGAGUAUCUGACGGCUGAGAUCCUGGAGCUGGCUGGGAACGCCGCUCGGGACAACAAGAAGACCCGUAUCAUCCCCCGUCACCUGCAGCUGGCGGUGCGCAACGACGAGGAGCUCAACAAACUCCUGGGCGGAGUGACCAUCGCUCAGGGCGGCGUGCUGCCCAACAUCAACACCAACAACGUCAACAGAUUAUUUUGCACAACCAUUUAAAUCAAAUAAGGAACGUUCCAUAAUGAACGAAUAACACAUAACUAUGAAACCUGA